UUUUUUUAUCGGGGACGAUGGCGUAGGUUUGACAUACAUGCUGCACGGGGUAGUGGCAAUGGUGGUGGUGGUGGCGGUGGCUUGGAUAUAUGGUUUCUCUUUGGCGAGUAUGUAUGGAAAGUGCUGUUGUAUGCAUGUGUUCCUUUGGAAAAACAAAGGAAACGUUAUGGAAGGAUUGCGAAUGGCGGGGCUUGUCAUGUGA